AUGUCAAGUAUCGAGCUCAUCAAUCCAAAGGCUGAGAGCGUUAGGCGCUCAGCUGCCCUCCAGGUGAACACCGCUGGAGCAAUGGGUCUCGCGAGCGUCGUUAAAGGCAAUCUAGGGCCCAGAGGAACCUUGAAGAUGCUUGUCGACGGUGCUGGCCAGAUUAAAAUGACGAAAGAUGGAAAAGUGUUGCUCUCAGAGAUGCAGAUCCAAAAUCCUACAGCAGCCAUGAUUGCACGAACCGCUGUUGCGCAAGAUGAUCAAGUUGGAGAUGGGACAACAUCCGUGGUUCUUCUUGUCGGCGAACUUCUGAAGCAAGCUGAGAGAUACACCUCAGAAGGAGUCCACCCUACAGUUAUCGCGGAAGGUUUUGAUUUGGCGAAAAAGGAAGCGCUCUCUUUUCUUGAUUCAUUCAAAGUGUCAGUCAAGAUGGAUCGCGCGACUCUGAUUGACAUCGCAAAAACCUCCCUGUCCACGAAACUCAAUGGCGCACUGGCGACCCAGCUCGCUGCGGACGUUGUUGAUGCCGUUUUCACAAUUCGGCCGCGAUUUCCACAAAAAGAUUCCAAAGAAUGGCGCCAACCAAUUGAUCUGCAUAUGAUAGAAAUCAUGAAGAUGCAGCACCGGACAGCCUCUGAAACACAAUUGAUUCGCGGACUUGUUCUUGAUCAUGGUGCUCGACAUCCCGAUAUGCCCAAGCGCGUCGAGAACGCGUACGUGUUAACACUCAACGUGAGCUUGGAGUAUGAAAAAACUGAAGUCAACUCUGGCUUCUUCUACUCUUCGGCAGAACAGCGUGAAAAGCUAGUUGAAUCCGAACGCAAGUUCAUCGAUGCCAAACUGCAGAAGAUCGUGAACCUGAAGAACCUUGUGUGCGAUCAAGCCGUCGACUCAAAAGAGAAGAAAAAGAAUUUCGUCGUCAUUAACCAGAAAGGCAUUGAUCCAAUGAGUUUGGAUGUACUUGCGAAGAACGGCAUCCUUGCUCUCCGGAGAGCAAAGCGACGCAACAUGGAGCGCCUUCAACUCGUCUGUGGCGGUGUUGCGCAGAAUUCAGUGGACGAUCUCACUCCCUCGGUGCUUGGUUGGGCUGGACUCGUUUACGAGCACACACUAGGGGAAGAAAAAUUCACAUUCGUCGAGGAAGUCAAAGAUCCCAAAUCUGUCACACUGCUCAUCAAAGGGCCUAAUCCCCACACUACGCAACAAAUCCAGGACGCUCUUCGAGACGGCCUUCGGGCGGUCAAGAAUGCUCUUGAGGACGAGUGCCUUAUUCCCGGUGCAGGUGCAUUCGAGGUUGCCUGCUCAGCACAUUUGAGCGGGCCGGCCAAGAAGAGCGCGAAAGGUCGGGUCAAGAUGGGAGUGCAAGCGUUUGCAGAUGCUCUUCUCAUUAUUCCCAAGACCUUGGCCCAAAAUGGAGGGUUUGAUGUGCAGGACGUCGUGGUGGCCCUUCAGGAAGAGCAAGCUGAGGGCAACGUCGUCGGCAUUGACCUGGAGUCAGGAGAGCCUAUUGACCCAACAGCGAGCGGCAUCUGGGACAACUACAGAGUAAAGCGCCAGAUGCUACACUCUUGCGCUGUCAUCGCUAUCAACCUCUUGUCAACUGACGAAAUUCUACGGGCAGGUCGCAGCUCGUUAAAACCUGAUGGUGCACAAUAG